AUGCCCAUCAAGCUCCCUGCUUGCGAACCAUGCAGGACCUCAAAGCAGGCCUGCGAUCACUCGAAACCAUGUUCCCGAUGUCGGGAGCGUGGGUCGCCUUCGGCUUGCCUGUACCGGGCCAGGCCAUUCAAAAAGCGACGAUUGGAGCAGGCCGGAUCAGAUUUACUGGGGUUCAGCAACACAGAUCCGCCGGCGGCUCUCCCAAAUCCGUUGCCCGAGACAAGUCACGAUUCUUCAGAAGGUCUGACGAUUGUGGAGACCCCCGAGCCUUCCAGAGGGAUGCCCAGUUAUCCCAAUCCUGGUUUUCUCGGGUCUUCGAGUCACACGACUUUCUUUGAGCACAUACCACGCGAUACGGCCGACAGCGGUCAAUUGCCUACCUAUUCUGCCGACGAGGAAGAGAUUCGCAAUGGAGCAAAUCUCAUUGAUCAUAUCCAUAGGUACUGUCACAUUGGCUCGUGUAUUGCGCUGGUCCAAAGUUGGAUCGCUGGAGGCGUGAAUCUCGCAUUGGCGGGUCCACUCAUAACCACUUGCGCAGAGGUGACGCAACACGUCUUUAGUUCGUACGAGAUGAGUACACCUUCAAGUUUCACUCCUGCUCGAUCUAUCUCGCAGACAUUGUUCACGAACUCAAGCCAGCCACUUAACGCAGGCGAUCGGGAAGACAUUGCGCAUUGGUGUACUGCAUUUGGAAUUCAUAAUGCGCGGUGGGAGAUACUGGGUCUGUUCUUCGCAGCUCUUGCCGCUGCUACAAGCCAUACACCCAAAUUUGAGCCCUUAUAUCGGUCACACCAAGCGCAGCGUGACCUGGAGAAGCUCGCAGUGCGAUUCUCAGAUCGCUGCCUAGACAUUUCGCUCUCACUUGACCGACUGAAUGACCUUCAGCUUCUGUUACAGUACGAAAAUUGGAUCAGUCACUCAUGCUUGCACGGUGACCAAAGCUAUAUAUCGUGGCGGAAACUUGGCGACGUGAUCAGCUCCCUGUAUGCACUUGGAUACCACGAACGUGUAGAUCCGGCAUCACCUCCACUCGAAUCCUUCAGAGAAGUUGCAUUCGCCCGUGCCUUUUCUGGUGACACCAAUGUCUCAUUGUUCCUGGGUCGGCCUCCUAGAAUUGACCGAAAGCAUUGCAGAUGGCUUCCCAAGCAAUUCCAGUGGAGCGCGGAUGCAAAGGUGGAUUAUGCAGCGGAGACACAAUGGUCAGCAAUCUGUGCUGUCCUGAAGGGAGAGGCACUGGAUCUCUUCCACGUAGAAGAUCAGGCUGAGAAGGUAAGGAGAGCGAAUCUUAUCCGAAACGACGCCGACCUACAGUGGGCAUCGCUCCCCCAGCACUUUCGACUAGAGACGACAUUGAAGGAAUGUGCUAGACCGCCGAAGGAGCGUGACUUUCUGGUCAGCACACUUCUUAAUCAUCUUCACGUACAUUUUCUUCUCCAUCUUCAACUCCAAACCCGCGUCAACGAUCCUGGGCCAGAGCUUGUGGCUAUUGCAGCGAGAAUGUUCUCUCUGGCGAUUGAGUCAAUAUUGCUUAAAGACUUUCUGGCUUAUUCAGGGACAACCCUAGAUUGGAAGGUCGCCUACUAUGGCCUGGCAGCCGCUGGCAUCAUCUGUUUAUCCCUACUUAAACAAAGCCCAAUCGCAUUCGACAGCGGAAGCUUAAAAGCACAGAUGAUACAGGAUCUUAACGUACUUGUAGCGGUGGUGGAAACAGGUGUUUUCAUCCAUCCGAUUGAUCCCAACUAUGCGCUAUUAUCUCGUGCCACCCUGACUAUCAAGAGCCUGCUCAGACGUCUUUUAUCCCGAGACACAAGACAGCCAGCGCCCCUGACGGAGACAGACACGCUGGUACAGGGACCUACAGCCAUUACGCCCGAGACGUGGAAUAUAUGGGACAAUCAGCACCUCCAGGAUUUCGAGGUGGACUUUUGGCUGAAUCUGGCCGAACACCCAUUCCUAAUUGAGACGCCGACAGAGUCUCUACCAACGAGCCAAGUGUAA